CGCACGUCGUCUCGCGCACGCGCGUCGCGAACGUUUAAAAAGACCUCAGCCGCGACUCGCCGCGCGCUCGCGCUCCGCGCCGCCGCGACCGCUCCCGCGCAUCGCCGCGCGCGAGAAGUAACAAAAAAUAAUAUCGCCGUCGAAGCGUCGUCGCGUCUCGCUUCGUUAGAUGCAGCACGCGGUUCGCGCCAUGGCCGCGCCCGCCCGCGCGGCGACGCUCGGCCACGGCCCCUCGCGCGCGCGCGCGAGGCCCGCCGUCGCCGCCCCCGGCCCGCGUCUUCUCGCGACCGCGCGCAAACCCUUCGCGAAUAAGCGGCGAUCGGUCGCUCGGAUGGACUCCGUCUCAAACGAUUCCCCGCCCGCGACCGGCAGCGAGGAGGACGUUGACACGCUCCAGGCGCCGUCCAUCGCGUCCGCGGAGCCGCUCGCGGAAGAGUGCCCCGCGGACCAACACGCCGAGGUCGUCGCGCUCACGGAGGCGACCAGGGAUCUCAAGGAGAAGCUCAUGUCGAUCGCGAAGCUCCUGGACGAGUCGGUGGCGAAGAACAAGUCGCUCGAGCUCGCGCUCGCGGAGCAGAAAGAAGAGGCGAUCCGCCUCUCGGACGCGCACCGCCUGUCGCUCAACCAGACCGUCGCGGAGGCGGAGUUCGCGAGCCGCGUCGCGCUCGAGGAGGCGAAGAUGGAGACGGAGAAGCUGAAGAAGGAGUACGCCAACUCCGCCGUCGCGCUCGAGAGAAAGAUCGAAAAGCGGCUCGUCGCGGCGAUCAAAAUCGAGCGAGACGCGACGACGAAGAAGAAGCGCGCGGAGGCGGAGAGAUCCGCGCGCGAGGCGAACGCCGUCCUCGAGACCGCGAAGCAGCUCGAUCUCGUCGCGAGGGAGUCCUUCGCGGAGGACGCGGACGUCGCCGCGCGCGCGCUCUUGAACGCCGCGCAGACGGAUGCGGAGAAGGCAAACGCGGCGAAGGAGCACGCGCUCGCGAGAGCCGCCUCCGCGGAGCAGCAGCUGCGGGCGCAAGACGAGAUCCUCGCGAAGCUCGAGGCGCUCGUCGCGAGCGAGGGCGCGGCGCAGCAGACGCUCGUGGAGAAGGAGGAGGCGAUCGCGGCGCUGACGAAGGAGGGCGAGGAGCUCCGGGCGCGGUAUAAAGCCGCCGCGGAGGCGAGGGACGAAGCCACCGCGCUCGCCGAGGCGGCGGAGAUCAAGGUCGAGGACAGGGUGAAGGACACCCUGAAAGCCGCGGCCGCGUGCGUCGAGGCCGCGGAGAAGGUGAAAACGGAGACGGAGGAACAAGCGAAGAAGGACGCGAAGAUGUAUAAGAAGGAGAAGGAAGCCGCGGAGUUGAGAGCGGUCGCCGCCGAGACAAACUUGGAAAAGACGAACGCGAAGCUCGACGAGAUGAUCGACGUCGCGACGCAGAAAGAAGCCGUGGACUUGAAAGUGACGCAGUUGACCGAUAAGCUCGCGGUGAAGGAGCGCGAGAUCGUGGCGCUGACCGAAGAAAUCGCGAUCGCGGUCGAGAGGACGACUGAGUGGGAAGGGAAGUACACCGCCACGAGCGCGGUGCUCGAGAAGAGGGCGAGGGAGCUCGCGGAGCUCAAAGAGAGCCGCGACGCGCUCGUCGCCGCGAAAGAGGCUGCGGAAGCGAAGGCGACGCACCACGAGAGCACGCUGAAGAACCAGAGUGAUCUGCUCGAUCAGAUGGCGGAGAUUGCUGCGCAGAAGGAAGCCGCGGAUGCGAAGAUCGUCACGCUCCAGCAAGACCACAUCGCGAAGAAGAAGGAGAUCGAACUCCUGCGAGAGGAGGCGGCGACGCAGCAAGAGGCGGCCGUGAUGUGGGAGGGCCGCGCGACCGCCGCCGUCGCGCAGCUGCAGGCGAGGGUCAAGGCUGCGGAGAAGGCCGCGGAGGAAGCGCGCGCGACCGCGGAGGAGAAGAUCAAGAUUGUCGAGGAGACGUCGGCGCUUCGCGUCGCGUCCGACGGCGAGCACCUCGUGAGAAGCGCGGUGGAACGCGAAGUCGCGGCGAUCAACGCCGCCGCGGACGCGCAGGUGUACGCCGCGCAGAGGGACGCCGCGGCGCUGAGAAGAGCGCUCGAAGCCGCGAACUUCACGACGACGCUGUGGAAGGCUCGCUUCGAGAUCGUCUCCUCGGACCUCGGAGCGCUCGCCGAGACGGUGGACGCGCAGUGCCGCGCGGAUUGCAGCGCGGAGGUUGAACUCUCGGACGGAUUAUCCGCGGGGAGGAUGUUGACCUCCGCGUUCGUGUCGUCGUCGCAGCUGAGAGGGUUCGUGGCCACCGGGCCGCGGAUCGAGAGAGGGAUCGGGACGAACGAAAUCUUAGAGCUCGACGCCGUCGGCCUCGGCGCGCCGCUUCACGGGGACGUGAAGAAGAUCGACCGGCCCAAGCCGAAGCGCGGGAGGCCCGAGAACAACGCGGUCAAGCGCGACUGGGACCCGGAGCACGAGCGCCAGAUGAAGAACCGGCUGCUCAUCAACCCCAGGGCCGCGGGGUUGUGGGGUUCGAAGAAGUCCGAGGACGCGGAGGAGCGCGUCGCGUGAGCGACGAGAUGAUCCAUCCCAUCCCCGGGAGAAGUGGAGAAGAAGACACGAGAAACGAGAAGCACGACGUAAUCUCGUUCGCAAGCACUGUACCAGCAUGAAUAAAAUUCAUUUUUUCAACGCGAGAAAUAUUAAGAUU